GCCAUUUUGGUCCGUAGCCAUUUUGGCUCAAGACCGAGAGCGCGCGCCCGCGGAGGGGGCCAUAUCCGCCAGCUGCCGCAGCUCCUGGGGCCUCGUCCGACGCCGGCCGGAUGCCGCGCGCCCGGGUGCUGCUCCUGCUGCUCGUGCUGCCCUCGCCAGCGGGCGCCGAGGUCGGGCUGCGCCCGUUCGGAGGCUAUCUAGUUCACGGCGGCCUGUCGGACAAGUUGCACUCGAGGGACGUGCUGGACGGCGGCGUCCCCGCGCCUGGCCGCACCUCGGGGCAGGCCCGGCGGCAGGGCGGCGGCCCCGAGGGGGUCCUCCUCGGCGCCGUCGGUGGCGCGGCGCUCCCGUCUGCGAACCUCGAGGAGUUUGAAGACGAGCCCGGAGCCGUACAGACGGUGACAGUGCUGACUGCGGGGGCGACCGAGCGAGACAUAGGCCCAAGGCGGAAAGAAGACGGAGGCGACGAGGAGGAGAGCGCUGAUGACGAAGACGAUGACGGUGAUGAUGAUGAUGAGUGGGAAGAGCCGUACAAGCUGAUGAGCAGGGCAGACAAGGUUUGGUUACAGUGUGGUUGGAUCUUCAUCUUUAUCAGCAUCGUCGUGGGUCUCGUUCUGUACUCGUUCACAGACGACAUCCUUCUUUACAAGCCGGUGGGGUAUUCCGUCAGUGAGCCAAGUGGAGCAUUGGGUAGUAUCUACGAGGCCCUCUACGGCAACAGCACCCUCGCGCAGUCGUUGAACGCCGCAAUCGUGCUCCUUGCUAUACUGAACUUCUACACUUACGCAGAGAUCACCGAGGUAAAGCUGGAGCUAUGGUGCAUGCCAGGUGGGGACGCGAAGUACUUUGGGCCGGACGAGGGGAUGGACGGGGACAACAAAGACUUCAAGGGAGGAUGCUACGGAGAUGUCUGGGAACACGCUCAAGAGCUCCAGGAUGAAUUAGGUGAUGGUUGGCAGGCCAAAGCCUACGGCGGUAAACUCACGCUGAAUUUCGUUGUCGAGCUGGGCAGCACUCUGUUCUUCGCGGCGAUCACAGUGCUGCGGAUCGCGGUGAUUCACGUUGACCCAGAGUGGCAGCAUUACGGCUGGUCUGCCGCAUUCCGCCGUAUCGCAACCAACCCGAAUCUCUUUCUGGAGAUCAUCGCAGUCUCGGUCUCUAUCUGCAACAUCGGCCAGUGGUGGGUACCUGGCCAUCAUCAGCACAUGAAUUUGCUCUGGAUGUUCUUCUUUCGCGCCCUGGACAUGAUGGAGCGCGCGGGGGCCGGCUUGGGGUUCAGCAAGCUCAGGCACAUGCUUGUCGAUGAUGGUAAGCUGCUGCUUACUGCCUUCAUGUUCGGCCUGGUGAUCUGGACCAUCAUGAGCUGCCUCUAUUACCUGUCCAACAGAACCAGCACAAAUGAGUUAGCCGUGUGGGAAGUAGCUCGGUACGAAGACAGAAGCGAAUGUCAAAAGGAAGACGGCUCGGACGACAAGGAUUGCGAAGGGAAAAUCAUGGGCUGGAAAAAGUUCGAGUCCAUACCGUCCACGAUGUGGUACGUCCUCAUAAACUUGUGCAAGGAACACCCACUGGCCGAUGCGCACGUCGAUUUCUGGCAGCGCCUUUGGUGCAUCAUCGUGUGUAUUUUCGCGAUGCCGCUAUUCGCGCUGCCCACGAGUGUUCUGCAGUAUGCGUUGCUGAAGCAGAGGUCCACAGACGACGACCCGAGUCGCUUUAGCUCAUCCGUGGAUCUCGAUAUUUCCUUCUUCGGCCUCCAGCCCGUUUAUGGCGGUCUGGUAGCAGGCUCCCUAAGCUUCUUCUCGAUAGUGAGUUGGUUCUUUUACACUGCCCGCGGAACAAACCACGACUCUUUCUUUCUCAUCCCGGUCCACAUCGGGUCCACGGCCCUAGCAUGUGUGGAUGGAGUAGUCGCUUUCAUCUUCAUGUUGGAGUGGGCGGACCAUCUGCGCAGACAUGGGCGCGCGUAUGUCGUAACGCUGCACGCUUGCAUUGACCUGUUUGCGUGGUUGUCCGCCAUCCCGCACAUCUGCCUCUUCGUCUCAGGCUCGACCCCGGUGAGCGACUGGAUACUGGCACUCUGCUUAAUUCGCGUCUUCAAGACGGAGCGCUAUCUACACAGCUUCCGCGACCUCAGGCAGGUCGCCUACGAGAGCAGGGGCAUUCUGGUUGCGGCCCUCUUCUUCUCCGCCUUCGUGUGGAUGGCGUACUCGCAUGGGUUGUACGUCACCGAGCGCUAUCAGUAUGAUACGGAAAUGGUGGAGAUAUAUGGGUCUUUGAUGCGUUCGCCUUGGGCAGAGGUCAUUAACCUGCACGGAGAGUGGCCUUGGGCAGACUAUUCCAUCCCGGGCAAGGGCAUAGCGACAGGCGCCUGCCUCUUCAGCAUCAUGCUCUUUUGCAUUCCGAUUUCCAUCAUCGGCCAGGGGAUGCUCCGCAAGAUGAUCGAAGGACACGACGCCAACGACAACGCCGAUUUCGACCGUCGUUGUUGGCAGGCGCACUGGCAGCCGCAGACCGCCGGGCCCCAGCGGCAGCUUUACGACUUGUUCUUCGAGCAGGUGCACCUGCCAGAAGGCAGCCGCCCGUCCGUUCCGUUCCGCCUGGCCCGGGCCUUGAGCUUCGUUGCCGUUGCGGCGUCGACGUUCAUCGUCUGCGUGAACACGGUGGACGAGAGCGAGUUCGGCGGCCAGUUUGGCACUAUAUUCUGGGCAUGCUACGCGGUGGACUGGUUAAUUAUCGGCUUCUUCAUUGCAGAGUUUGCUGCAAGAACAGUGGCACUUGGGUGGCGCCACCCAGCAUCAAUAUUUGGGAUGCUCCAGCUGUUUUCGCUCUUCGCUGAGUUGUGGACCCUCAAGCCGAGCCUCCGUAAAGAAGCAUUUCAUCCAGAGUACGGCAACGGGGCACUCUUGGAGGACAUAAUCGUCCCGAUGAGGUUGUUGCGUCUCUUCACUUUGGAACAGUACAUCUUCUCGUUCCAUACACUGAAGAACGUCUUGUACCUCAACCGGAAGAUGCUCGCUCGCAGCGGAAGCGUGAUGGUCUCAACGUGGUUCUGCCACGCUACGAUUCUGUAUCUGUUCGAGCACGAUUUCACGGGCGAUAAACUGCAGGACUUCCGGGACGAGAUCAAUGAGUGCUUCGAGAAGGAGGAGUCGAAGUGCAAGUGGCAGACAUUGGAUACGUGCGAGGAUAAGGACGCAGUUGAAGAGUGUAAUGGAGACCUUCCGAUGUUCAUGCGCUAUGACAGCGUCCUGCGAGGUUUGCAAUACAGCAUUGUGCACCUUUUUGGGGACUACCCUGAGACAGACUACACGUUUUAUGCCAAGGUUAUCCACUUCAUGGGCAUCAUGUUUGGGAUCGCGAUCAUCGCGUCGUUCAUCGGGACUUUCACUGGCGGUGUAACUAGCUACAUUAGAGAAGAGCGGCACGCGAAAAUGACUCAGCUCAAGCAAAAGCAGGUAAUGGCGAGCAUCAAGGUCGCGAGGGCCAUCCAGCGGAACUACCGAGCGAAGAAGAAGGCGGGGCUGUUGGGCGAGUCGCCACGCGUGCCUCUUCCGAAAAUCGUCCUCGUCUCUCGGGACAUCGCCCGUUCCAGCUCGGCGUUCGGCAAGCACGUCCGCUCAUUUUUUGCUGCUAUUCUGGUCAUCGACCUCCUGAACGCCGCCGUCAGAACCCUGCCUGAGUGGGAUCUGAAGAAAUACUCCUACAUCGAGGACUGGAUGCGCUUCGCUGAGUGCGUAUUCACAGUGAUCUUCGUGGUGGAGUACCUGAUCUUCUUCAUGGCCGCUCCUCCACCUCGCAGCAAGUCAAUGCUGAGGCCGUGGCGGCUCUUCGACCUGAUCUGCCUCUUCCCAGGGCUGAUCGAGAUCUUCUACCAGGUGGUGAAGACCACCGACAUCCGCGGCACGCAGGCGGAGGCAGUCCUGGAGUCGCUAGUGCUGAUCCGCGUGGUGCGCAUCCUGGAGCUCCCCUUCUUCAGCCGCGAGGUGUCGAUGAUCAGUCGCGCGCUCGCAGACGCCAGCGAUUUGUUGGUCGUUCCCGCGUAUCUGGCCCUGAGCGUCUGGAUAUUCACCUCCAGCCUGUUCAUGUGGCUCGAGAACUACUGGGGGCACUGGCUCGAGGGGACCCCCGUGCAGGACGGCGAGGUCUCCACCGGCGACGACGCCAUGACUUCGGUGCCCGCGUCGAUGUACUGGUGCAGUAUCUUCCUGACGGGGGAGUGGGCCAACGUGGACUUCACCUUUGCCGCCUCCCGCCUGUGCAUCCUCUACGUGAUAUUCGGCAUCGCCAUGUUCUCGAUCCCGUUGGGCAUCAUCGUGGAGGCCGUGCAGAGCACCAUAGAGUUGAUAGCGCAGGAGGAGGCGGACGUGCAAACCUGGGAGGCUCCGCCGGCCGAUUCCGACGAGGGCAAGGGGAGGAGCAUCAGGAAGACCGUCCAGAGCGCCGCCCUGCUCAAAGAGCGGGGCAGCAGGGGCAGCGCGGAGCUGGAGAUGGUGACGGUCUCCCGCGGCUGAUCCGACGACUGCCCGAGCAGGGUGAGUAGCAGGAGGGAGGGGAGGAUGAGCUGGACUCAGAUAUUGCAACAUCUUCCUCCAUCCUACCCCCCUCCGUCCCUCCCUCCCUCCCGCAGCUCCCGCGGGCGGCCACGAAGCGCGGCCCCGUCGAGCCAGCGCGCCCGCGCGGCCAAGCCCUGGGCGCCAGGGGCCCCGAAGUUUCACGAUUGCCUGGCUGGCCCAGAAGAGCGCUCUCGGGCUCGUCUUUAGCUCGUUGGUGGGCUUCGUCAGCGUAGAGUCCUGAGGGGCGUGGGGGUAGAGGGUGACGAUGAACUGGGUCGUCGGGUGAAGGGUGGGCCCGCGGCAUCCUGUUCAAUCAUCUCUUGUCUAGUCGAGCAUCCCUCUGCCAAAGUUUUUACGAGAGGCUCGCUCGAGGCUGGGUCGCCGAGGUGUCGAGCCAGAGCGUUCCUUAAAGAGCCAUUUUUGGGGCGCUCGUAUAGCGCGUCGCCAGUGUUUUUUCGUGCUGCAUGGGCCUCGCACGUCGAUGUCCCCCAGGCCUCGUCGGACAGGUAAAGACACCAGACCGGUCGGGGACAGGUGCUUGCAGCCGUAGCGCGCGGCCAGCGCGCGAAGGGUCACGAUUAUUUCACGCUGCUUGCCGAGCCGAACGAGGGAAA